CCUUACGCCCAACAGCCUCAGUAUGGCGGAGCUCAAGGACAGUUUAGACCUCCCACCGGUCCUCCACCUCCAGGUCAAGGUCCUCCAGGUGGUCAAUAUGGAGCUCUUCCUCCUCCUCCUGGUCAAUAUGGUGCUCAACCAGGUGGACAGUACGGGGCUCCGCCUGCUGGUCAAUACGGCGCGCCCCCUGCUGGUCAAUAUGGAGCACCUCCGGGACAGUACGGAGCCCCUGGAGCGGGACAAGGAAUGGGUGGUGGAAACACACAAGAUUCUGGUUUCCUUCGUACCAUUCUUCAGCAAUGCGUGACUGAUCAAAAGUUGCAAGCUUUCUACCCACCUGGCAGUAUCGACAUGAUCGCAGCCAAAGUCGCUUCGUCCGGCGCGCUUGAUAAAAUCGCUAUGGAAUGGAGAAUUCCCAAAGAGAUAGCUUGUGAUCUUGUGAAGAUUGCUUUGUUUGAUGUCAUCCUAUACAUUGAUGAUUCUGGGUCGAUGGCGUUUGAAGAAAAUGGAGAGCGUAUUGAUGAUCUCAAGUUGGUCAUGAGUCGUGUAGCUUUCGCCUGUUCCUUGUUCGACCAGGACGGUAUUCAAGUGCGCUUCAUGAACUCCCGAGUCGACGGGAACAACGUCUCCUCUGAAGCUGCUGCUAUGCAGUUGUUGCAACAAGUCAAGUUCUCCGGUUUGACUCCUCUCGGCACUUCGAUGUGGCAUAAGAUCUUACAGCCCUUGGUUGUCCAGCCCGCCAGAGGCGGUCAGCUUCAGAAACCAGUGCUUGUUAUCACAAUUACCGAUGGAUCCCCUGCCGGAGAGAACAGGAACGAAAUAAACAAGGUCAUCAUGCAAACCGACGCGGAGCUGAGGAGGAGUCGGUAUGGACCGGAUGCUAUUUCUUACCAGUUCGCCCAGGUCGGAAACGACAUGAAAGCAACCCAGUUCUUAGCUGAACUGGAUAACGACCCUCAAAUUGGUAACUUGAUUGACUGCACCAGUUCGUACGAAAUCGAGCAGAAUGAAAUGAUGCGCAAGACGGGCAUCGAACUGGAUCCCCAGACAUGGAUCGUCAAACUUCUGAUGGGUCCUAUUGACUCUUCAUAUGAUCUGAAGGAUGAGUAAAUACAAAAGAAGAAGCAGGCAAAUGACAGAUCAUCGAAAAUAAUGUAAAGCGUAUGCAGUCUUCGGAAGUCGGACCUC